AUGUCAUUGAUGCCGAAACAGCCACGGCAGGUUUUCAUCCUUGGCUCUCCAUACCCCAGUAAGACAACGUGAAAAUUGGAUCCACCCUUUUAACAACCAAGAAAACCACCGCGUAUUGUGAUGAUGCACUGACAGAAAAGGACAGGCAACCAGAGGGUUCUGGGAAACAUCGGCUCUUGAAGGCUUUUGUUUACAUUUUGGCAGAUAUGGGAGAUAAAUUUACCGGCAUUAGUGAUUCGUUGCAGAGUUAACCUCUUUCCCCUAGUACACUAUGGCUAAGCAGUAUGAUGUACUGUUCAGGCUGCUGCUUCUCGGAGAUUCCGGGGUUGGGAAAACCUGUUUGCUGUGCAGAUUCACGGACAAUGAAUUUCAUUCUUCACAUAUUUCUACAAUAGGGGUUGAUUUCAAAAUGAAGACAUUAGAAGUAGAUGGAAUCAAAGUAAGAAUACAAAUAUGGGACACUGCUGGACAAGAGCGCUACCAGACUAUCACCAAACAGUAUUAUAGGAGAGCACAGGGGAUCUUUUUAGUGUACGAUAUCACAAGCGAGCGCUCCUUUCAACAUAUCAUGAAGUGGGUUAGCGAUGUUGAUGAGUAUGCUCCAGAGAAAGUUCAGAAGAUCCUUGUUGGAAACAAAUCUGAUGAGGAAGACAAAAGACAGGUGGCCACAGAGCAGGGAAACAAGCUUGCCAAGACAUAUGGAAUGGACUUCUUUGAGACAAGUGCCUGUACUAAUCAUAAUAUUAAGGAAUCCUUCACACGAUUAACAGAGCUAGUUCUGCAGGCCCACAAGAAAGAGCUUGAUGGAUUGAGGGCCUCCAUCAACGAUGAACUCUAUAUUGCUGACUUAGAAGAUGAUGACAACAAGAGGGACAGAAGUGUUAACUCUCAAAAAGCAUGCUGGUGUUAGGAAGGUAAACAAACAAAUGCCCUGAGUUGAUCUUACUUGCUGCAACUGCUGUAAAGAGGUGUAUAUUUAGAAAAAACAUCUACAUUUUAUUCAGUCAUAAUUUGUGAUUUUUGUUCAAAGAAUUACAUGCUUCAUUUUUAUGUUCUGCCUUACUCAUGUAUCACUCCUUUUCUCUAUUAUUUUACAGUAUACAUUUACUUCACACAUUUCCUUGCUUGUAAGUUAUAAUUCUAACCACUGUGACCUAUCUGUAGAUGGAAUGAUAAAAUAUUUGCCUAAUAAUACAGUCCCACAGUUUGCAGAUUUAGCCACUAGAGGGCACCACUUCUCUGCUGUAGAAAAUGUUCUCAAGUUCUAGGUGUACACAAGAAUAAGCUAGAGCAGCACACAAUGUUAAAAAUAACAUUGCACUGUGUUAAGUGUCAGAAUGGGGCGGCACAGUUGUUAGCAUUGCUACCUUACAGCACUGGGACCCUGGGUUCAAUUCCUGAGGUGCUCUUAGUGUGGAGU